GAGAGAGAGAGAGAGAGAGAGAGAAUCCUCAGAAUGCCUCCUUUAGGUACCUCCCUCCUCCCGUGUCCUACCCCAGUUACAGCUUUCAACCCGCAGGGGAGAGAUGUGAUUUCAUAACUCGGCAGAUAGGCAACGCUUUUCCACCAUGAAGAUACCUUACGUCUUCGUAUCGUUAGCGAGCCUUCAGUGCUUUUUAUGUCAUGGCCUGAGGGACAGCGAGCUAACUACGGCAGUUCAGGAGUUAACGAUGGUUCUCAGGGGCAUCAGGUCGGACCUCAGUACAAACUUCGACAAGCUCCUCACAGACCUUCAUCAAGACAGGUUAGCCAGGACAGAACAGACCAUGGCUCUCAGGGACAAAACCGAGGAUAAUCGAUUAGGCAUAGAGAUACUGAGGGGGCAAAUAUCAUCCCUAAUGUCAACUAAAGGAUGCCCUAGCAACUUGGAAGUCCUUCCAACCGGAAGCGGACCCGCAGCAAAAGCUCCAGAAGGAAGUGGUGGUGGUGGUGGAGGAGUAGGAGUAGGGGGUGCAGGAGGAGCGGGAGGAGGAGGAGGAGGAGGUGGAAGGGGAAUUGUGGUUGAUAGCAGAAUGGCCAAUGGUCCUCACCACAGGGUUCUGGAAACUCAUUUUCAUCAAGAAAAAGGAGAGGAUGACACAGAAAAUCCUGAACAAACACCAGUUAUCAGAGAAUGUCCGUCGCCAUUCAAAAGAGCCGGGAAGCACUGUCUCACAAUACUGAUGGAAGAAGCCGUUUGGGACGCAGCUAGGAGACUCUGCCACAGCUACGCUCAGUUGCACGUCUCUCGUCCGUCGGGGUUACCAAAGGUCACUGGUGACCUGGUUGUUCCUCAUGAUAUGGAAGCCUUCAAAAAAUUUAUCCAGGACUACGAAUUCAGUGGCAAAGCAUGGGUGGGCGCCUCCACGGAGGGUUGGGGCGGCAUGUGGGCGUGGAUUGACGGAUCUCUGGUCAAAGAAUUGCCCUGGCUCUAUUCUAGCCCUGACCAGACAGGAGGUCUUCUAGCAGUGGACAACAUGGCGACUUUCUACCCCGUUCUCCACAAGCAAGCUCUGUAUCCCAUUUGCGAACUCAGUUAGCCUGAUUAUAGAACUUGAAACAUAAUUACUGGAGACUCACAUUUAUCCUCUUGUAUACUGAAGUCAUCUAUGGCUCCUACAGUUUCUAACAAUAGAGGAUGAGAAUUAUUUUCUCGUUCAACAUCUCAAAUCGCUUUUAUCUUUUCAUGAAAUUUUUCGGUUCGUAUCUUUCUUCCCUUAACUCACACGAACACGAGGCUGCCUUGAUAUCGUAAACGUUCAGCUAAUUUCAUACAUGACAACUGUCAAACAUACAUCACUUACAAGAGGAAGAAAAACUUGUUUUACAAGCAAACUAUCAACUGUAUGACCUCGUUUUAGAACUGCCUCGCCAUUUUUAGUAAAUUCCAAACAACUCACUAGGGUCAGUAUAUUUAGCGGAAGCUCCAUCUAGAUAAUUAAAAUCAAUAAUACGUACAGUUGGGCACAAUAUUCAGAAACAACAACGAAUGAUUCAAGCAAGGCCGUGGCAAGGACUUUCUGGUUAGACAUUACUAAGACAGUCAAAAGGGCCCUGUACAUAUUUUUUAACAUUACUUUACUCCUUUGUUGUAGGUUUGGCAAAAUAAUGGCUGACUAAAUAAUACUCAACUGAAUAAGUCUAAGGAAACAUGCGGCGAUAUUAAAUCGUUAUUUGCAUCAGUAACGUAACAAGUUCCCACUAUGAGUCCAAGGACACCACAAGCACCAAGCACAAGUACACAGCAAUCACCGACUGUCAAAGUUCGAGCCAUCUCCUCGCAGAGUCAAAGUCUGAGCAAAUCAAGCUACCCGUGACGACGAGUCCAACUCGGCCCCAUCACCAUUCAUUUGUAGCAAAGACAAACAAGCCGCAAGUGUGCUUCUGACGAGAUGCAGAGGCCUCACCAACACAUGUCAAAGUCAACAGUUCAGGUUACUACCUUCUGACGUUUCUAAUGUUUAUCUUGGGACUUUUCAAUUGUGGUUCCCCAGCUGCACAAACCAAUGUUCGUGUCAGGCCGCUGAGGUGUCAGCUUAGCAAAGCAUUUUCUCGUUACCGUUUUAUUGAUCUAUUACAUUAUUUUAGGAAUAUAAGGUCGAAUUUUUUGUUUACUACUGCAUUUAUUUCUGUCAACAAUCUGCACAUAUCGGCUCACAUCAGAAAAAUGUCUCCAACGUGAAGAGAUA